UGUUUGACAGCAAAGCCAGCAUUCCGCGAGUGUUGAUAACCUAAACAUUUCUUUCCUGCGUACACCGCGUGAUUCGUACAGUUUUAUGUAUUUUGUUACUUCUGAGUAGUGUAUAAUUUAACGUUGCGAUGGGGAAAGUACGUUCAGCACCGGGUGCCCCCCGGAAACAAGGGUUCAAUAAAGGUGCACAUUCCAUGAAUCCAGAUAGACCGACUGAAGGAUUAAAAGGAGUUGCUAAGCCCAGGACCAAAGCAACUAUCAAAAGGCUUCAGAUGUACAGGAAUUUCAAAGCGAAGAGGGACAAAACUGGAAAAAUUUUAACACCUGCACCAUUUCAAGGUUGGUUACCAUCAGGAACACAGGCUCGUGUGGAACCCAGUCAGAAGUGGUUCGGCAACUCACGCGUGAUCUCGCAGAAUGCUCUACAGAAAUUCCAGGAUGAAUUUGGAGCUGCUGUAAGAAACCCUUACCAAGUGAUAAUGAAACCUACCAAUUUGCCUAUCACACUGCUCAACGAGAAGGCUAAAAAUGCUAGAGUACAUUUGCUUGACACAGAGGGAUUUGACAAAACAUUUGGACCAAAGAAACAGAGGAAGCGUGUUAAUUUAAAGUUCAGUGAUUUAAAUACAUUGUCAAAGGCUGUAGAAGAAAACAUUGAAAAUUAUGAUGAAAGUAAAGAUAUAGAUAGGGUUCGUGAAGACACAGGAGUCAAAGAGGGACAGAGAGACUGGGUAUUUGGAGCUGGAAUGAGCAGGAGGAUUUGGAAUGAGUUGUACAAAGUCAUAGAUUCUUCCGAUGUGCUUUUACAAGUGCUGGAUGCUCGAGACCCCAUGGGUACCCGUUCGCCUUAUGUGGAGAAAUUCCUCCGAGAUGAAAAGAAACACAAGCAUCUCAUAUUCAUUUUAAACAAAGUUGAUUUAGUACCUAACUGGGUGACACAGCGCUGGGUGGCUAUUAUUAGUGCUGAAUACCCAACCAUUGCCUUCCAUGCUUCAAUGACACAUCCCUUUGGAAAAGGCUCACUCAUUAACCUUUUGCGUCAGUUUGCUAAAUUGCAUAUUGAUAAGAAACAAAUCAGUGUGGGUUUGAUUGGGUACCCCAAUGUUGGAAAAUCAUCUGUCAUUAAUACUCUGCGAUCAAAGAAAGUAUGUAAGGUUGCUCCUAUUGCUGGUGAGACUAAGGUGUGGCAGUACAUCACCUUGAUGAGGAGAAUAUUUUUAAUUGAUUGCCCUGGUAUUGUUUACCCUUCUGCUGAAACAGACACAGAGAAAGUUCUCAAAGGAGUGGUAAGGGUUGAAUUAGUUCAAAAUCCUGAAGAUUACAUUGAAGAAGUGAUCAAGAGAGUAAGGAAAGAAUAUUUAGUUAAAACCUACAAAGUAGAUGCUUGGGAUACUGCCACUGAAUUCCUGGAGAAACUAGCUGCAAGGACAGGAAAGUUGUUAAAGAAAGGAGAGCCUGACGUCAGCCAGGUUGCCCGGAUGGUGCUUAAUGAUUGGCAAAGAGGUAAACUUCCAUUUUAUGUGGCACCAGAAGGUUUUGAAGUGCCACUUUCAAAACAGCAGAAAGAAGAUGAGCCUGAAAGUAAAACGCCUAAUGCAGAUGAAAAUAAAGAAGGUGCUGUUGCAGAGACAAAAGAAGAUGCAGAUAAAGAAACUGAAGAUAAUCCCGAUAAACCAGUUUACAUCAACAAACUCAUUGUUGCUCAAGAUUUUGCUAAAAUUAGGGUUGGCCUUCAAUUUGAUAAUGAUGAUGAUGUUAAGCCGCUUGAGAAAUUGGAAAUACCUAAAGAGCUGCAAGGAAUAGAUGAUGAAAAUGAGAAUGAUGAAUCUAAAAGCGUCAAUGGCGACAAUACAGUUGAGGACCCUGACUCGUCAGACAUUAGUGACUUUUAUAGUGAAGACGAAAACAAUUGUAGUGAUGUAGAAGAUUACCUGACACAUGAUGCAGAAACAGUAAAGGAACUGAAACGUAAGAAACUUGAGGCUGCAAGUGGAGAGUUCACAGUCGAAGAAAUUAAACAAGCUGGCAAGAAACGCAAGGCAGGUGGAAAAGACACUGGUGUUAAGAAACUUACCGCAAAAGCGAGGCGCGCCUUGGAAAGAGCACAAAAACGCACCAAAACUGGAAGCAACUUCUACGAAGUAUCUAAUAUGUCGUCUGGCAGUGAAAGCGAUGAGGAUUACGUGCCGGGAGAGCCUGAGAAAGUAUCUGAAGAGGAAUCAGCGAAUGAAGAAACAGACUUACAGUUCGAAAAAGAACUAGAACAGAAAGCAAAGAAACGGAAAAAUGUUGCAGAAACAAAAGGCACAAAGAAACGCAAAACAAGAAAUGGCGCACAAGAGAAAGAAGAGUCUCCAGCAAGGGAAGUAGAAGAAAGCGAGCCAGUGCUAAAUCCAGAAGAAGAGAAGAAAAAAGAAGACGAUUUAUGGGCAAAGUUUCUAGAAGGAACUGAUACAAAACCUAAACCUACCUCCACUGUAACCAGUACUAGCGUUAACACCCCCGCCAAACCCGUAGUCAGUAAGCCAGAAGUUCCGUCAUCUAAAAGUAAUGACGAUCAAGCUAGAGAGAAGAGAAUAUUCGAGUUCGCAGGUGAAACUAUCGUUGUGGAAAAUAAUACGAUCAAAGAAAGGAUUAAGACCGCUGAUAGUCCUGCUACAGGAAGCAAACUGGAAGGCCCGUCCCGUAGCCGAGCGCUAGGAGGUAGUGGCCUAUCCGGCAUCCUGGGCCAGAUCAACAAAAAGAACAAGCUCUCCACGCUAGAGAAGUCCAAGCUCGACUGGUCUACUUACAAGCAAGAGGAAGGUCUGGAGGAAGAAAUUCAAAGCCACAACAAAGGGAGGAACGGCUAUUUGGACAAACGAGAUUUUUUGGAACGCGCAGAUGUUCGACAGUACGAGAUCGAAAGAGAUAUGCGUCUCAAUCGUCGCAGCAACCGAUAAAAUCAUAGAACAAUGUUAAUGAGCCAUAAUCUUCACUAUUAAAUAUCUAAUAAGCCUAUUAAAUAUUCUCCCGGAAAA